AUGAAAUUUAUUCCUACCUUUCUGGCUCUCUCCGCUGCGGUUGCCCACUUGGCUCAGGCUGAUCUGAUCGCGCCAGCAUUGACUCCUGUGGUGCCAACUCCCAUUAGUUUCUCCAACUACACUUUAGAAUGGAAGAGCCUGUCAACUAUCGUAGAAAACGCUGCCAUCUAUCGUGUCUUCCAUGCAAAAAAUAAGGGUUCCAGUCAUGGUAAACUUAGCGUACCACAUCCAGUGUACCAAACGUUGAAGGAUCUGGCGGACGAAGCAGUUGCAAAGCCUUUAUACACCAUUGUCAAUAAGCCCUUCCUCCCUCCUUCUGGUGACAAGCGAGACUGGCUAUCGUACGCCCCUUACUGGUGGCCGUCUCCAUCUUGCAAUGCCACUGACAAGAACAACGACUGUGCAUUCAUUCAAAUGGAUGGUCAAGUCAAUCCGGAUGUGUAUAAGCUGAACGAUCAACGAUACUUGGAGUAUGUCAGUCUCGACACUGAGACACUCGCUAUGGCCAGCUUGGUGUUCGACGACGACUCAUAUGGUCAGAAAGCGACAGAUAUGCUUCGGUACUUCUUUUUGAAUAAUGCAACCAGAAUGAACCCCAACCUCGAGUAUGGCCAAAUCAUUCGUGGUAACGGUAAAUCAGCAACCCAUAUAGGUCGUGCUGAGGGUAUCAUCAGUGCUAGAGCAUUGGUGAGUCCCAUCAGAGCUGUCAAGAUACUCCAGCUUGCUAAAGCCCGUGCAUGGAAGAAGAAUGACACCGCUGGCAUGGUUGACUGGUAUUCACAAUUCCAUGACUGGUUGAUUGAAGACAAGAUCGCCGUUGAUGAAAGCAACACCAAGAACAAUCACUUGACUUACUAUACCAAUACAUUGACUACCAUUAGUGACUUCAUUGGAAACUAUAGCACUAUUGAGAGUAGAGUCACUGCCUUUUUCAAGGAUGACUUGCCCGGACAAAUCACGGCAAACGGAACUCAACCAUUGGAAGAAAUUCGAACAUUGCCAUUCCAUUAUUCUGCCUUCAACUUGGAAGCCUUGACUUAUAUGGCCAAUUUCGUGUCUCAGAAAGAUCCUCUCAGUCAUGGUCCAUAUAUCUCUAAUGCUUGGAACCAAACAGGCGAUUCUAUCAUCUCUGCUGUGAAUCGAUUGAUCGAUGUUGUACGAGGUACUGAAGGACAAAUUGAACCUGGAGCAGAUUUAAGCGAGGCCGAUUACUCUGUUCGAGCAGUUGGUAUUCAAUACCCAAAGCUGUACUGUAACAAAUACCAUGCCAUUCAGAAUCAUACUGUGCCUUAUCUUAACCUUUGGCCACUCUGGACGCCUCGUCUACUUUGGGAUUGCUUCAACUAA